AUGUUCGUAAAGAGAAAAGCCCCCCGGAUACCGAAAAAUGUCAACGAAGCUAACCUCUGGGUGAAAAGUUUAGGAAAUCCUGAACUGAGUAAUCUAAGGAUUGCGGAGUUGAACAAGUAUCGAGUGUGUCACCGGCAUUUUUGCAGCACUGACUACCUGGCGCAAACUCAGAAGCCUACUCUAAAAAAGGCGGCUUUACCGAAAUUGCGGCUGCCGCUAAGUGCUGUCGAGAAUGCCGGUGAUUCUUCGGUGAACGAGUUUCCGAGAAACUCUGAGGAUCGUCGAUUAAUUGUUCUUGAGACAGAGCUUGCUGAGCAGUCAAUCACCCCUUCAUCAUACCAAGGCGAUGAACCUGUGACGAAGUCCAAGGAAGGCAAACCUAUAUCCGUCUCACGUAAACGGAAACGUCCUCUAGGGUCUCAUUUAUCGGUUGUUCCAAAAAGAGAAAGGUACGUUAUCAAGAAAGCUCGAGGUUUGAGAGCUGCGGUCAAUAUUUACAAGAAACGAGCUUCAACAUUGUAA